AUGGGCUGCUUUUGCAGUACACCGUUCGAGGCAAAUUGGAACAAAACCGUGGAAGGGAAGUGCUUCAUAAAGACCAGCUCGCCCCUCACGUACAGUCAGACCAUUGAGCUUUCCGCGUUGAUGAAGACAGCCGAUCCAACAUGGGACGGUGUCAAUCUCGCCAUCUGGUCCGCAUCAGAACUCUCGGUCGGUAUCCUUGUCGCGUCACUACCCGCACUCCGAAAGCAAUUCGAUGGCUUCUUCCGCCGCAUUCUCUCGUCGACCUUUCUGGGAAUGGGAUCCAAGACGGGGUCUGGUAGCAACGAGAUACCACUGUAUAACGUCGAACCACCCCUUACCGUCGGCAGCCGACCAACGGGAGGUCGUUCGCGAUUCCAAAGAAACGAUCUCGAUGAUGGAGAUAGUGAGAAGUGCAUACUGGCCGAUUCAGAGCUGCCUGGAAAGCGCGAAAUAACGAGAACGAUCGUACAUGAGAUACGUAGUGAGAAUAGGAGCAACGUUCAGGCCCCGGAUCGGGUGCACAACAUGUACGGCCAGCUUCAGUGA